CAAAAAGAAAUCUUUGGUGCAAGAAAUAUAUAUUCCUAACAUGUUUGGAUCAAAUUGUUUUUCAUUGGUUGCGUUGCUGUAUGUAUUACUUCCCGUGAAGGGCGAUAACUCUACCGAUCCUUGUGUCAUUGAUGACGUCAUAAUGCGAAAUUUACUGUCGAUGAACUUAACAAUCACUGAUCAAAAAGCGGAAAUAUGUUCAUUGAAAUCUCGUCUCGAGCGGAUUGAACGUAUUCAUGACAUGGCAUCAUCACCGGAAGUGCAUGAUAUCGCCAUCGAUAACAGUUUGGUGUUGAAAGUUUUAAAUCAGAUAAUUUACAGCCGUUUGAUGAGUGUUGCGGACAGUUUCAACAACACUAUCAUCACAAAUAAGACGUGUAAAGAUGACUGGGUGCAUUUUCAGGGACAGUGCUAUUAUCUCAGUGACCGGAAAAUGUCAUGGGAUAGCGCACACGAUUCGUGCUUAAGCAUGAAUGCACGUUUAGCAAUCAUGGACGACGAAGAUAUAAACAUUUUCGUCCGAAAUAUUACUCCGAGGUUCCGGCGUUACUGGAUUGGCGGAAGGACGGAAGGUAAGACCUGGCAAUGGGUCGCAACCGGAAGUGACUUUAAAUACACAGCCUGGUGUCCAGAACAGCCGGAUGGAAAAGGAGUGCGAUGUUUAUCAUUCUUUCAUCUGGUACCACAAAUAUGUUACUGGACUGACCGCAAGUGUAAAUUCCGCGAGGAGUACAUUUGUCAGCGUCCACUUUAA